UUCUCUCUUACGUUUAUUUUUCUGUUCUGUUCAUAAAUCAGAGGAACAAGUCCAUCAAAGUUUUUUUUUAAUGAAGGAUCUUCUCUAAAGCAUCGAUUUUGAUUCUAUUCUUGGAGUAAAAUUUUUGUUUCUUAUUCUCUUCAUUCUUUUCUGGGUUUAAAGAUUUGUCCUUUAUUUGGUUGAUGAGCUCAUCAUUAAAGUAAUCAGUCAUCAUUUGAAUUUUGUGGAACAAUUUUAACUCUUGUAGGAGGAGUUUAUUUUUAAUUUCUCAGGGCUGAUCCAAGAUGGAUCAGAUGUCAUCUGAUAACAUUAAUGGACUCGUAUUAGCAGUCUCCUCAAGUAUCUUUAUUGGCUCUAGCUUCAUCAUCAAGAAAAAAGGUCUCAAGAAGGCCGGUGAAUCCGGUGUCCGAGCAGGUGAAGGAGGACAUGGAUACUUAUAUGAACCAUGGUGGUGGGCUGGAAUGAUUACAAUGAUUGUUGGGGAAGUAGCCAAUUUUGCAGCGUAUGCAUUUGCACCAGCUAUUCUAGUCACACCUUUGGGAGCUCUAAGUAUUAUUUUCAGCGCAGUGCUAGCUCAUUUCAUUUUGCAAGAGAAACUUCAUAUGUUCGGAGUGCUUGGUUGCGUUCUCUGUGUGGUCGGGUCCACAACGAUAGUCUUACACGCCCCGCACGAGCAGGAAAUAAAAUCAGUCAAGCAAGUUUGGAAGCUUGCUAUUGAACCUGGCUUUCUAGUGUACUCUGCUGUGAUAUUGAUUGCGGUGCUUGUACUCAUCUUCUACUAUGAACCUCGCUAUGGAAAGACUCAUUUGAUAGUAUAUGUUGGAAUCUGCUCUUUAAUGGGUUCUCUUACUGUUAUGAGUGUGAAAGCUGUGGCCAUCGCCAUAAAGCUGACAUUUUCAGAGAUGAAUCAGUUCAAAUACUUCCAAACUUGGAUUUUUAUUAUAGUAGUCACGGUUUGUUGCAUUUUGCAAAUCAAUUACUUGAACAAGGCAUUGGAUACGUUCAACACAGCGGUUAUUUCUCCGGUUUACUUCGUUAUGUUCACAACUUUCACCAUCAUAGCUAGUAUGAUCAUGUUCAAGGAUUGGGCUUCGCAGAGCGGGUUAAAGAUAGCGACAGAACUGUGCGGUUUUGUCACCAUUUUGUCAGGAACGUUUCUGCUUCAUAAGACUAAAGAUAUGGGAAACAGUGCAAGUGGUCGUGGAGCUCCCUCUACGCCUAGAGACAAUCCUGUCUUCACCAGUUCAGGAUCUGGUCUGAGCUCCAGCUCCGAAAAAGUAUCCUCCUGAGAAUUUUUUUUAUCAUCCCACUGUUUGAUGCGAGCACCUAAGAAGAAGAAGAAGCCUCAAAAGCAGAGAUGAUGUGUUAUUGGUAUAGUGAUUAUUUUGUUAGGAACAUUUGACUGAUUGCUUUUCUUAUGUUGUUUCCCACAUGAAAAUGUAACGUUACAACUAAAGAGAGAACCAACAAAAAAAACUCUUUUAAGUA